CGAAAUCUUAUAAAAUCCGGGGACUUCCGCUCCAUCUUCUCUCUUCCCUCUUUCUCUCCUUCUCUUCGAAGAACCAUUCACAGAUAAACACAGACAAACACACAUGAACAGUACAACGCACGUUCUGCAGCCGGAGGACACGCAGACCUCAGACGAGCUGCGUAAUCGCAAAAUCACGACCUCAAUCCCUGCUUCGCGGAUCUCCUCCAACACCCCCACCACCCGCACCAGCACCAGCAACAACAGCAGCAGUCAAAGAUUCCUCUACAACAUCGUCAACCAUGCACCCGACGAGGUAGCUCUGCAUGCUGCGAUCUUGGGGGCCGUCUUUGCUGUCAGCUCAAUUGCGGCGCUGGCUAUGCUGUUCUGGCGAGACGGGUUUUGGCAAUUGCCGGCUUACAUCUCUGCGCUCUCUGCGUUUCAUUUCUUGGAGUAUUAUAUCACUGCCAGGUAUAAUCCUGCAAAGGUCAACAUUGACUCAUUCCUGGUUCGUAACGGCCGAUCCUACGUCUUUGCCCACGUCUUCUCCCUCCUAGAAGCCACAACAGAGCUCUACCUCCUCCCCUUCCUCAAAACCCACUACCUCAUCUCUCUCCUCGGCCUUACAGCAAUCCUCCUAGGCCAAGCCAUCCGCUCGCUCGCAAUGAUCCACGCCUCCUCAAACUUCUCCCACCUCAUCGUCCACCAGCGCGAGGAUUCGCACAAGCUCGUCAAAACGGGGCUCUAUAGCUAUACCCGGCAUCCCUCAUAUUUUGGCUACUUCCUCUGGGCUCUGGGCACGCAAGUGUUUUUGCUGAACCCGGUCGCGCUCGUGGGCUUUUCGAUCGUGCUGUGGAGGUUUUUCAAGCGACGUAUAGCCUACGAGGAGAUUCUCUUGAUCCAAUUCUUUGGGAAAGAGUACGUCGAGUACAAGCAGACCACCGGCACCUUGAUCCCGUUUAUUCCUUGAUCUGCAUACCUCAUCGUCAACUCACUUUCCAAAAUCUCUCCACGGCCCGGCGUUCAAAUUGUCUUUUUUUGUAGUUAUCGUGAUCUCUUUUUUGUAGUUAUUGUUCUCUAUAUGCGAUU